UACUGCAGCCAUGCUGAAACAUCAGAGAGGAGCUGUGAGAGCAGUGAUGGACAUGAGUCUGUUUGUGCUGCUUCUGCUGUCAGGACUUUUGUUCAACGCUUCUGGUUUUCUGCGAAAAUACUCAUACAUAAAUGAGAGCAUGACAUGGGCAGCAGCUCAGAUUUACUGCAGAGAGAGGUUCACUGAUCUGGCUACUGUAGACUCUAUAGAUGAUGUGAACACAAUGUUAAAAACAGUGAAUGAUGGAUACAGAGGAUCGGUUUGGAUUGGAUUGAAAAGAGGGUCACCGAGUCGUUGGGGUUGGUCUAUUGGGGAUGAUCUUUCACAGUACAGUGGAUGGGGUUUAGGGCAUCCUGGUCUAGGACCAUGUGGCUAUUUUGCCUUUGGGUAUUGGUACGAUUUGGAAUGUUCAUCACCAAUGCUUUUUGCCUGCUAUGAUGAAAAUGUCGGGAACAUCAUGAUAAAGCAAUGGAGAAGCUGGAGAGAUGCUCAGAUUUACUGCCGACAGCAUUACACUGAUCUGGCCGUCAUCCGCAGCCCUGAGGAACAGAAACAGCUGCAUGCAAUUUUUGUGGACGGGCCAUGGGUCUGGAUCGGACUGUUCUGGAGCCCUUGGCUGUGGUCUGACCAAUGGAGCCACUUCUUUAGAAACUGGGCAGAUGGACAUCCCAUAAUAAAUAAUGACUGUGUUGCCAUGUCAACAACUGACUCUGGGAAAUGGGUUCAGCAUAGCUGUGAGCAAAAUAAUCGUUUUAUCUGCUAUGAAGUAUACAAAAAGCAGUUUAUCAGAUUGAACUUGUCUUGUGAUGGAAACUGCAAUCUGAAUGACCCUUCACUACAGACAGACAUUCUGAAUCAGAUACGUAAAAAGCUACAGAGUGUUGGACUUGGAAAUUACAUCAGCUUAAAAUGGGGGAAAAAGUAAAGGUCAAGAUGCAUUUCAUAUGUAGAGCAACCA